AACUGUCAACAUGGCCGAUGUGCAAUUAGCACCGUUACGUCCUAUUGGCGAUUUUCUUUUGGAGUCAGCUCGAUUUCAAAUUCCAAACGUCAAAGAUCCAGAGAAAUGGGCUAACAGAGUUCUGAACAACUUACUGUACUAUCAGACAAAUUACUUUUUGACGGCUCUUCUGGUUUUCCUCCUUAUAGGUAUAGUUCAUCCUGUACAGAUGGUAUGUGGCUUUAUAGCUAUAUCCGUAGCUUUUGGAGGGUUUGUUUACUGCACUAGUUCUAGAUGGAAGGCGAGGCGUUUUAAACGAGACCACCCGAUCAUAAGUGUAAUUGUUAUACUUCUGUCUGGUUAUUUGCUGGUGUAUAUGGUUGGAGCUGUAAUAGUCUUCAUGUUUGGAAUUGCCUUCCCAUUGCUAUUAAUACUGAUGCAUGCAUCAUUCCGGAUGAGGAGCAUAAAGAACAAGGUUACAAACCGGUUGGAAACUGUAGGUCUGAAGAGGACACCAAUGGGGAUAAUACUGGAGGGACUUGGUCAAGACCAGGAACCAGUGUCAUGAAUUUUUAUACAUUUAUUCCAGAGGGUCUUGAGUCUCUUGACUAGGGUAGCUGGGAACCAAUGUUAUAAAUUUUCGUAACACUUUAACUUGUAGCCUAUGUUUUAUUAAAAUUUAUGAAACAGCUGUUUUGCAUUAAAGGGAUAUGCCAAAAUUAGAAAUCAUCCUUAAAAACUAAACUGAACUGAUGGUAAAAAAAUACAUAAUUAAGCAUAUAUAUUAUGUUAAACAUAUGGACUGAUAUUGGAAGAGGACUGUCGCAUUGUAAAAUGUGUUUCCUUAAAUAGAUACUAAUUUCUUUCUUUUUUUUCAUUCAAUUUUUUUUUUUACAAAUUCAAAAUGUACAAUAUACAGUGUUUAGCAGUUACUGAGAAUAUUUCUUUUAUGCAAUUAUUACUAGACAUCUAUUUUGGGAACUUGAAUUUUGUUAAAAAUCUGAUAUUUAAGGCAUGUCCUUUUAAUUCGCAGGAUUUUUGUAUUUUCUAACUAUAUUUGAACUUUUUUAUCACCUUGCUUAUAAGAGUAUUGCUUUUUUAUUUGCAUUUAAAAUCAUCAUUGUUAUAGUGAUAUAUUUAACCUUUGAUCUUAAUAAAGUCCCUCAAACUGGAAAUGGACAGUUCCUAAUUCAAUGCUGGACAAGUUCAUUACAUAAGUUAAGGUGAAACUCAAAAUAUAUGCAGAAGAUUCAGCAUAAUAGUGUUGCUCUGACUAUUCUGAACCUCCUGAAUUUGUGAAAUAGACUUGUCCUGUAUUAAAAAUGGAAUUGUCCAUGAACAAUGUAGGGAUUUUGAUAUCUAAAUGCCAAAGUUGAGUUGUUAAAUGUGCUGGUUGCCCUGACUCAAUGCUGAUAACAUGUUUCUUGUGUUAUUAAUGUCAAGGUUCAGAACUGUUCACUAUUUAGGGGAGAAGAUGUGUAAACGGCCAGAUAGCUCAGUUGGUAGAGCUGCAGAACUGUCAUCCGAGAGUUCCGGGUUCAAGUCUUGGUCAGGCUGCACAUUUUUCUCACUUUGUGACAUUAACACUAUCAAUUAUAAAAAUUUGAAAUACCCUUCUAAAAUAUCUUGCCAUUAAAAUGAAUAUCAACGAUUAUUAGAUCGUGGAAUUUUAUUCUAUGUUGCUGUUACAUAUAUUUAACAAAUGGAGUGAGGGACAAAAAUGUGUGCACAAUUUAUUAACAUGAAGAAAUAUUUAGCAUUGAUUUUCUCCUUUUACUCACAUGUACAUGUUUACCAACUGUGAGUUCUAUUGCCUAUCGUUUGGCGUAUAUUUGACCUGUAUGUCUUUUUAUGUGUGGAAAAAACACCAAGUUUCAUACUUUAGACGAACAAAUACAUUGUACCAUAUCCAAAGUUAUGCAACUGAAAUAUUUCAUGUGUAACACAUGAACCUGUGAUAAUGAAAUGUCAAUUGUUUUAUAACAAAAAAUGUCAAUUUUUCUCAACUGUUUGUUAAGUAAUAUUAAACAAAUAGCAUCAUAAUGAUUGUGUAAGUCAGUUUUGUGUAUACCAUAGUAUUAAAUGUUGUGAUUUUUUAAAAAAUAGCAUUUAACUUUUCAUUCCAAUAUGUCCGAAUUUUGUUUCGAAACAUGCAAGAUACAUUUACUCAAUUAGAUUUAAGUGGAUGAGGAGGUACCUAUACAGGUUUUGGUUUAAAAGCUAAGAUGAUAUAACCUAACAUGGCUAAGAUGGUAAAGUUGCCAUUUUGGAGUUAUUCUCCUUGUUGCUAUAAUUUGAAUAGGCUUACUCUGUAAUUAAGAAUAUUUUCAGUUUUCCCAGCUAGUCAGGGUUGGGUGUGGUGUACAAACAAAUUUUUAAAUUUUAACUUUGAAAAUAAGCACAAUGCAUUUAUCACUAUUGUUUUGUCGCAAAGAACAUUUUCAUGAAAUUUUGUUGAAUCUUAAAUUUGUGGACUGACCUAUCCACGAAAACCACAAAAAUUUGCACCCCUUAAAUAAUAAUGAUAUUACAGUAGAUGAAAUGUUGUACAUAUUGGUAUGAAAUGUCUGUUUAGUGGAUGUUGUAUUUUUUAAAACGUAUUUACUUGUGAAUUUUAAGUGUGACUUUAUUGUGGUGUUCCUAGGUUUGUUAAGAUGUGAGAUCCAUUAGUAGAUGUAAUUAACAAAGAAAAUAGGAUAUUGUUAAUAUACUCCAGACAUAAUUGGGUCAAACUGUGAUGUUUGUAGAAAAGUUUUGUAAGUUAUGUGUGCUUUGACUUUGAUCUGUGUUGUGUAUUAUAUGAGAUUAUUCAAGAAGUUCUAAUACUAUGUCACUUAAUGAAUACUAUAGUAUAUACAUAUACAUAAUUUAAGUAUGCAACAAGUAUAAUUCACAUGAAAAGGCUAACAAAAUUAAUCCUUUAAAUGUACAUACAUGUAUAUAUUGAUAGAUCAUGGGCAUUUUCAGUUUAUUUAGCUUGUCCGUCCGUCUGUGGUAAACUUUAUCCUUGGACAUAACAUAACAUUCUAUAUGCUAUAGCCUUCGAUAGCAUACUUUUUGACCUUCACAUUUUGCAAUAUGAUCUUGGCCACGAUUUCCUUGACUCUGUGACUUACAAGGUCAGGUUUUUAAAGUUGGAGGCUUGUGUUUUACACACAGGUUUUUUUUUUAUUUCUUACAGAUAAAUUUUUUUUGUGAAAUCUUAAGAAUCAAAAAGUUACAUAUAGCUUUUUAGUAAAUAUAAAAUUCAGUCAAUGGUAGAGCUUGUUAUGUCAGUUUUAAUGUUUCUGUAAAAAGAUAUGUGAUGCUAUGAUAACAGCCAUUGCUUUUUACAAGUGACUUGUUUGAUUCCUUAUUUUUCAUUCCUUUUACAUUUGUUCAUGUAAAGCUGUAUUUUGUUUGCCAUAUUGUGAAUUAUGUCCCUUUUUAACCCUUACUCUGCUUGAACCAAAAGUGAUAAGCCUUUGUUAUGUGUAUACAGCCAGACAAGCCUGCAUAUUCCUAUAGUCUGACCAGGCUCUAUACUGAUAAUUGACUAAAUAAUCAACUUAUUGUCCCAAAAUUGUCAAUGGACAGUUCCAAAAAUGGAAGCUUGACAAGUCCAUUUAAGAAAUUUAGCAGAUUUAGUGUUAAUUGCCAUUUGUGACUUAAGUCCCUUUUUUAGUGUUAUGUGCAAUAUUAAUAAAUACCACAUGGUUUUUACUCAAAACCUGAGAUAUAUGUAUGUUUCCUUUAGACAUACUGUUAUUUAUUUCCUUUGAACAUUAUUAUGAUUAUAUAUUUCCUUUAAGCAAUUAUAUUUCCUUGGGACAAUUAUGUUACAUGUUUCCUUUGGACGUAUUAAUAUGUUUCCUUAAAGCAAUUGUAUGUUUCCUUGGCACAUACUGUUGUUAAUUAGCCAAUCAAACCUCAAAAUAGGAUUCCUAGUAAAUAUGACAAAUAAAUAAAUAAAUUUAAUCAUUUAACAUUAAGAGACUGCCGAUAAUAUAGACUGCCGAUAAUAUAGACUGCCGAUAACUGUAGACUGCCUAUAUCUAUAGACUGCCGAUAAUUAUAAAUUGUCAAUAAAUAUAAAUGUGGCACUCGCUGUACGUCACAUUCAAGUUUUUAUAUAGUGUUUAAUUAUACAUACUAAUAUGGUCUUUAUUUUUUCAUUAAAUGAAUGCUAUAAUUUGAAUAGUCGAUAUGUAUUGUCAUAUAUAUUAAAUGGUCCAUAUUUGCCACCAUACAUUUUGCUAUCGUUAUUAUUGGUAAAGAAAAAAAAUUUUUUUUGGAAUCUCGAAAAAUUUAUAUUAUUAUGUGCAUUGUUAAAUGAAGCAUAAUAUGAAAGGAUUGUGCAAUUAAACAAAUUAAAACAAAGUUUUAUACACACUGUUUUUAUAGAAAAGAAAUUAUUUCUUUUAUGUGAAACAUUUUCUAUAAUUUUCAUUGUAUAGAAAAGAAUUCUUAUAGUUAAGUAUGUAAAUGGUAUAAAGCUAUAACUUAUGAAAUACUAGGGCUGUCAUUGAUGCAAAAUUUUGUUUGUGUAUAUCGAAAGUUGAAUAUAUCGACAAAAUAUCAAAUUAAAUAGCUAGCACAUUGGAAUCCAUUUGAACAUGUGAUGGAAUCUGUUAUUAUGGUGUUAUGCAAAAGCACGCUUGUUUUAGCUAUCACAAAUACAACAUGCCAAAAAAAGGUUAUUUCUUGUUAUUGGUUCUUAAUACUGACCUAUCAAAAUUAAAUUCAGGGUUCAGGCAAGACAAGGAAAGGGGAGACAAUUGAGUUUAACCCAUGACAGGGAGAUUAAGCCGGUUUUAAAUUGUAUUGAUACUCUAAAUGGUGAAUCAAUAUUGAAUCAAAUGUUGAAUAUUCACGCAAUAACUGGUUAACUCCUAUUAAAUUAUAUUAGGAGUUAACCCGUUACUGCACUUAGGUAAAGAAAUAAUGAUAUGACAAUAUUCAAUGACAGCCCUAUGAAAUAUAGUUUAAAGAUCAAAAAACAACAUCAACAAACAUUGUUCGUUCACCAGCUUUUAAUUAAUAUUCUUUUGGUCAUAUCUGGAGAGAGGUCUUGGUUAUUUAUCAUGCAAGAAAAGCAUGUAAAUAAGAAAACGGACAUUCCUACCAGAGUACUCUACUACUGAUUUUAGUGAUGAAGCAAUGAUCUUUUCAAAAUUGCACCACUUGCUUUAUCAGAAAUUUACAAAAAAUAUUUCUUCCAAUUUUGAUACUUUGGUAUAAUUUUUAUCUGAAUACAAAUAUUCUGCCAGUUACAGACAUCCUGUUACAUUUUUAUUAUACUCCCUGAAAAAUUUCGGGGGAGCAUAUAGUCGUCGGGUUGUCUGUCAGUCCGUCCGUACGUACCUCCCGAAUUCGUGUCCGGCCCAUAACUUUGUUAUUUGAAGUCAGAUUUUAAAAUUAUUUCACAGAAAUGAUCACCAUAUUGAGACGACGUGUCGCGCGCAACAUUUGGGUCGCUACCUUGAAGGUCAAGGUCACAGCAUGACCUUGCAGCAAAAUCGUGUCUGGUCCAUAACUUUGUUAUUUGAAGUCGGAUUUAAAAAAUAUUCCACAGAAAUGAUCACCAUAUUGAGACGAUGUGUCGCGCGCAACAUGUGGGUUGCUUCCUUGAAGGUCAAGGUCACAGCAUGACCUUGCAGCAAAAUCAUGUCCGGCCCAUAACUUCCUUAUUUGAAGUCAGAUUUUUAAACUAUUUCACAGAAAUGAUCACCAUAUUAAAAUGGCGUGUCAUGCGCAACAUUUGGCUCGCUACCUUGAAGGUCAAGGUCACAGCAUGACCUUGCAGCAAAAUUGUGUCCGGCACAUAACUUCAUUAUUUGAAGUCGGAUUUUACAACUAUUUCACAGAAAUGAUCACCACAAUGAGACAUUGUGUCGCGCGCAACAUUUGGGUCGCUACCUUGAAGGUCAAGGUUACGGUAUGACCUUGCAGCAAAAUCGUGUCUGGCCCAUAACUUUGUUACUGGAAGUCGGAUUUAACAACUAUUUCACAGAGAUGAUCACCAUAUUGAAUCAAUGUGUCGCAUGCAACAUUUGGGUCACUACCUUGACGGUCAAGGUCACAGCAUGACCUUGCAGCAAAAUAAUGUCAGGCGCAUAACUUUGUUAUUUGAAAUCAGAUUUUACAACUAUUUCACAAAAAUUAUCACCAUAUUGAGACAAUGUGUCGUGCACAAUAUUUGGGUUGUUUUUACACUUUGAACUUUAUCUGUGACAUAACUCUGACACAACAAGAGGUAUACCUUCCUGUGUCCAAAACCUAUUCGGGGAGCAUCACCCGGUUCAACCGGCUCUUGUUUAUAUAACUUUUAUGGAUAUAUUAACAAUAUACUGGUUAUAGUGUUGUAAUGGUUAUUCCUUAUUUAUAAUUAAAUCAUAUGUAUACAGGUGAAGGUUUUGGUAUCUAACUUUAAGUUUAAAUUAUUAUAAUUAUCUACUUUUUAACUACAUGUAUAUACAGGUAUCUAGUACCUUGUUUUAGUAUGUGAGCAUUAAUUUUAGUCUUUAUGGUAAAUCAUUCAAAAGUUUGAUUUUUUCCUAACAUUACAAAAAAACUUUUGUGUUAUAUUUGGAUUCGAACAAACAAUAUUUGUGUUAUUUUUGUCUGUGAACAUACAACAUUAGUGUUAUUGAGAUGUUUUUGUUCCUGUUUGAAUUGCGAUGGUUUUGUUCUUGUUUAUAGAACAUUGCUAAUUAUUUAGCCCAGUACAAAAUAACAUAUCUUAACAUGUACAAAUAACAUCAGUGGUAUUUUUCCUUGUUUAAAAAAAAACACUGUUACAACAAAAAGAAACAACAUAAAGACUUGAACAAAAAAAUAUUUCAUUUAAGGAAUUUUUUUAAGAUAUUUUCCUUGAACAUGUUUUACUAAAACACUUAAGUGUCUAAAGCACUUAGAGACCACUUCAAAAUGAAUUUACAAAUACAGGUGCCCUUUUUAUGAUAAAACAUAUCAAAAUAGUUGUAACUUCUCUUGUGUUGGGUUGAUAAUAUGCAGCCUAUCAUUUGUUUUACAUGAAGGAUCACAAGAUUUUACUUUGCACACAUGUACCUAAUAUUUGAAGUUUUAAAUAUUGUGUGUAGAGCAUUUGUCUAUACAAUUUCAUAACACACAUUCACUUAUUACUUAUGCCAACUAAAUAAAAUUGUUACCAUAGUUACUGAAAAACAUAAAAUGAACAUAAACUCAUGUUCAAGAGGUAAUACUUAUACAAAAAAAAUGAAAGUCUGUUGUUUUUUUCUAUUUGUGUGUUGGAAUUUAAGGUGAAAUUAAAACAGUAUGUAAUCAAAUGUGAAAAAGAUUUCCAAAAAUGUAGUAAAUAGUUUCUCUUUUACUUGCUUGUGUUUUAAAGUGAAAAUACAUGUAACUUAUCAUUUUACCUAACAUGAUUGGUUCAUACAUGAAAUAAACAAUAUACAGUAAUCUAUUCACUUAUAAGGGUAUACAUAAUACUGUCCAAUUUAUAUUGUUAUAUCUGUCUACUGUAAUAUGAUAUUAUCGAGUCUAGUCUAUUCACUCGUUUUCAUCUCUGCACAUUUGAAAAUUACUUAUUUCAAGGCUUUUUUCCUGCUUAAAUAUUUUUGCAUAACAUAACUAUAAUUAACUAUUUCUAUCCACUGAACACCUUCACUGUAAAAUCUUGCUGUGGCUUGCAUUUGUUUUACCGUGUGUAAUUUUGUAGUAAACCCUUUUUUUUAUUUAAAAAAAAAAGAAAACUAGAUAAUUUUAAAUGAAUUUAAGAUGGUUUUGAAGUAUUGACAUAAUUAUUGUAAAAAAAAAAAAAUCCGAAGCAAACCCUUAGUGGCUUUCCAGGCUGUAAUUUUGUGUUAUUUUAGGACCAUGUUAAUACGCAAUUUAUAUUUUAUUUAUAUAUUACUCCUUGCUUUAUUUGAUUAUUAAUGUGACAUACAUUUUUGAACAAAAAUAAAAAAAAAAUGAAAUAAAA